GCGCGGUCAGUGAUUUCUGGGUUCAUACGUCAGAGGCGCCGCAGCCAGCGAAGCACAGCAGCUGCAGAUGGAAAAGCCGCCUUUCACAAACACAGCCAUUAGUUUUGGCGUUAGUUGAGCUGAACAGCGAUUUAAAAUGCGUCUCUUUUAAAAACGUGGGAAAGUCCUCAUCGUCUCUGACGGCCAAAACGGACGAAAAGGAAACAUGGAGAGCUAUGAACAGUUCUUUUUGCGCAGUCUGGUUAGACUACAAUCUGAAAGGACAUACGACAAGAACCAUCUCACAUCUGGCCAAUGCAUGGACACCUCUCUCAUCCGCUUCUAUGGGAGGACAGUUCUGUCACCUAUGCUAAGCGAGAAGCAGCGCAGGGAGAUGGCUCAAUACAGGCAGACAGCCGCAAGACUGGAGGCAGAGAAGCAAACUCAGUGUCGAAAUAACCUCUUAAAUCGGGUCCAGAAGAUUCUGGAUGACCGAGGAAAUGCAUUUACAGUGCCUGAGCCUUCCAAACCCUCAAACAAUGUACUGACCAGUAACCACCUCGUGACUCCACCAGAGAUUUUGAACAAAAACCCAGGAAAGGAUCUGGAGAGGGAUGUUGAGAGUGAAAAUAAAGAAAUAAGCCUACAGAACCUGCUGCGGAGGUCGCGAGAGUACAUUGAAAAGGAAUAUGGUUGGCGAGGGUCAAAGGUUAGCAGCAAGUCACCUGUGUCUUGUACUGUGCCCUCAGAGAGUCUCUCAAAUAAAGAGAAUGAGAAUGGUAGCCCUGUGCGUGAGACUGAUGGUAAUAUAUCUUGCUACAUCCAGUACCAUAGUCCCCUCAGCCCAGGCCAACUCAAGACUCAGCCUUUUAAGAAGCCUAAAUCAGUAAUUGAUCCUGUACUUGGCCUUGACUCUUUAUCUGGAUGCACUUCGCACAGUCAGCUAAACACAGGGGCUAGUCUAAGCCUUAGGCCCCAUCGUGGCCGCCCCCGUCCAGUGUCAACAGGUGACAUAAUUUUCUCAUACUCUGGCAGAGCCAAUGAGCCAGGUAUCACAGCUAUAGGGAGGUCUCCGGAGGCUGUGCUACCACCAGGCCUUGAGAGAAGGCUUCUGGAAUUAGAAGGACUAGGCGGAAGUCGACGAGCCAGCCAUUCUGGCUCCAGCCCAGUGAGUGAGAGAGGUAGUUUUAUCAGUACACCAGAUACAGGACAUGACCUCUCAGAGACUGCAUUUCGGAGAAGGUGUCACACAUUGGAUAGUAACCUGGGGCCACCUCAUCAGAGCCCUCCAAUAGAUAGGAGCCAAGAGAGAGUUCCUCGCUUUAUGGCAGGUGUUCCUCAGAGGACUCCCCCUCGCCGCUCCCCUCCUGCCCAACUCAACGCAACAUUUACACUAGCUAGCCCCACUAGCCCAACUUCAUCAAUGCUAAGGCCUAACUUGAUGAACACAGAUCUCUCAGCUUCUUCAUGCCAUAUCAAACAACAGCAAGCGACUGAGGGAAACUGCAUAAUCAGUACAACACUGGAUGAGACCAGGACAGAAGAGGUGCAGUGGCGAGUACAGGCUAUUGGAGAGAUGCAGAGAUGUGUGAAAGAAGAGCAGCAUGCCUUACAGAUGUCCCUAAUCAUGGCUGAACAAGAGAGAGAGCAACAGCGCCUUCAACAGGAGCUGGAAGAGAAAGAGAGGCGGCUGAGGGAUCUGGGUGGUGUCUGUGCUGUUGUGGGGGAGUUGGGGAGCGAGUGGAAGGCAGCUAGUGAAACUUUCUCCUCACUUAGCACCUCAUGCCCUAUAUGCCCAGCUGAGAUCUCACCUGGAUGUACCACACCUAACAUAGGUCUCCCCUCUCCUGCUACUUCAGGCAUCAUGACAUCUUCUGUCCCACCUCCAGUCUACUUGUGGGGGCUAAACCGGGGAGUAAACAAAUCUAGGAACAGACUGAGCCAGGUUUUAAGUCCAGAGCAGCAGAGGGCACUGUGUCGCCUCAGUGCCGUUGCUCAAGGUUUCCUUACGCGGCAGCUCCUGAGGACUGAAAAAGUUAAACACCUGCGUCAAACAGUAAAGGACACUCGGGAGUUCAUCUCUUCUUUCCAUAAAGAAGCACCGCAGAAAAGAAACACUCUCUCAGAGCAGGAUCUUUCACUGCAGGAAAGAGUCAGAGCCCAGCUGCGUGCAGCACUUUUUGACAUUCAUGAUAUAUUCUUUGAAAUGACUCUGGAUGAACGGUUGGCUCUGCUGCAACAGGACCGAGAGCUUCGUACAGAGAGGAAACUUCGAGAGAUGGAAAAAGCCAAGAGUCCCAAAGAGAAGAUGAUUUUGUCUGCUGCCACCCAGAAAGUUCUAGACAGGAAAAAGCAGAGAGUGGGUGAGUCUCCAGGUCAGACCAGAAGGAUGCAACAGAAGCCCAAAAGCCCGCUUACCAACAGGAGUUUGCAUAGGAAGACUCAAGAAGACAGAGUGAAGCGCUCAGACGGCCUGAAGAAGCAGCAUUCACUUGGUUAAGGCGUCCUUUCUGGGUCUGUAGCACUACAGCCUAUAUAACCCUACUACUGAACAACUCACAACUUAGACCUCACUUUAA